UUUAUCUAUCUCCCCGGCUCGACACGCAGCCUAGAAAUGAGGCAAGUGCUGAUUCUGAGAAAACACUGAGGUAAGAGACUGAAGACUGGACGCCGGUGAAGUCGACACAGGACGCUCCCGCAUCCGUAGAGCACCAUGAGGGAAAUCGUUCACAUCCAGGCUGGACAGUGUGGGAAUCAGAUUGGGGCGAAGUUCUGGGAGGUGAUAAGUGAUGAGCAUGGCAUUGAUCCCACUGGCAGUUACCAAGGUGACAGUGACCUGCAGCUGGAGAGGAUAAAUGUCUAUUACAAUGAAGCAUCAGGGAGCACAGGCAGCAAAUUUGUCCCCCGUGCCAUUCUGGUGGACCUGGAGCCAGGAACCAUGGAUUCAGUCCGCUCUGGCCCAUUUGGACAGUUAUUCAGACCUGACAACUUUGUCUUCGGUCAAAGUGGAGCUGGAAAUAACUGGGCCAAGGGUCACUACACUGAGGGAGCAGAGCUGGUGGACUCGGUUCUGGACGUGGUGAGAAAAGAGUCUGAGAACUGCGACUGCCUCCAGGGAUUUCAGCUCACGCACUCGCUGGGUGGAGGCACCGGUUCAGGAAUGGGUACACUGCUCAUUAGCAAGAUCCGUGAGGAGUAUCCUGACCGGAUCAUGAACACCUUCAGUGUCAUGCCUUCCCCUAAAGUGUCCGACACCGUAGUGGAGCCCUACAACGCCACCCUCUCUGUCCAUCAGUUGGUGGAAAACACAGAUGAGACAUUUAGCAUUGACAACGAGGCCCUCUAUGACAUCUGCUUCCGCACCCUGAAGUUGACCACACCUACCUACGGAGACCUCAACCAUCUGGUAUCUGCCACCAUGAGCGGGGUAACCACCUGUCUUCGCUUCCCAGGCCAGCUCAACGCUGACCUCCGUAAGCUGGCUGUCAACAUGGUCCCGUUCCCUCGUUUGCAUUUCUUCAUGCCAGGCUUUGCGCCCCUCACAAGCCGGGGGAGUCAGCAGUACCGCGCCCUCUCCGUACCAGAGCUCACACAGCAAAUGUUCGACGCCAAGAACAUGAUGGCGGCCUGCGACCCCCGUCACGGACGCUACCUCACCGUGGCGGCUAUCUUCCGUGGCCGUAUGUCCAUGAAAGAGGUGGAUGAGCAGAUGUUGAGCGUGCAGAACAAGAACAGCAGCUACUUUGUUGAAUGGAUCCCAAAUAACGUGAAGACCGCUGUGUGCGACAUCCCUCCACGAGGCCUCAAGAUGUCAGCGACCUUCAUCGGUAACAGCACAGCCAUUCAGGAGCUGUUCAGGAGGAUCUCUGAGCAGUUCACCGCCAUGUUCCGCCGCAAGGCCUUCCUCCACUGGUACACCGGAGAGGGAAUGGAUGAGAUGGAGUUCACCGAAGCCGAGAGCAACAUGAACGACCUGGUGUCUGAGUAUCAGCAGUACCAGGACGCCACCGCUGACGAGAUGGGCGAGUAUGAAGAAGACGAAAUAGAAGACGAGGAAGAUGUCCGUCACGAUGUUCGCCACUGAUUCUAAAAUAAUGGCGUACCUUUUUGAGUGACCCAGUCCCUUGAAGUUCUGUUUGUUGCUGGACAGUGCAGUGAGAUCCUAGAAAAAUAUGCUGAAAUACAAAUGUUCAACUACACGUCGCAGUGUGCAGAUCAUGAUGAAAUAUAUUUGUUUAGCAAAGAUUAUACUGCAUCUGAAUAUGGCUCAUAAUGACAAAUGUCACAAGUGGUGGUAGAUAAUAAAGUAUGCAAGUAUUAUAGCAACUGGUUUUCAAAGUCACGCUUUACCAGUGUCCGAAAAGAAGUCUUGUCUUGAUUACAGUUUUGUAACAUUUACUUGAACAUGCUUUAACUCUGUCAAAUCUCAAAUAAAAGUAUCCGUAAAAUAAAG